GGGCGCUGCGGGCAGUUCCCCGGAAACUGGCACCCGGUGCAGCUGGACAACGCCAGAUUCUUACGUCCUCCGGAAACGGAGCGCCGGACUCACCACUGCUGGGUUUGCGACAGCGGCGGUGGCGGGCACGGCGGAAGCGAAGAGGAUCGAAGGGGACCCGGGCCUCGCUCCAGCGCGGGGUCGGGGCACCAUGGACGAAGCAGGUAGCUGUGCGAGCGGCGGAGGCUUCCGCCUGGGCGUGGACAGCCUGGACGAGCCUCCCAACAGCCGCAUCUUCCUGGUGAUCAGCAAGUACACGCCGGAGUCGGUACUGAGGGAGCGCUUCUCCCCCUUCGGCGAGAUCCAGGAUAUCUGGGUGGUGCGGGACAAGCACACGAAGGAGUCCAAAGGCAUCGCCUUCGUCAAGUUCGCUCGCAGCUCGCAGGCCUGUAGGGCUAUGGAGGAGAUGCACGGCCGGUGCCUCGGCCCCAACGACACCAAGCCUAUCAAGGUGCGGGUGCCCGAAUCGGGGUACCCGCGGGGGACGGUGUCCGAAAAGGGGAGGGGGGGCACGGGAGCGGUUCACUCGGGCUUCCCUUCAUCCGCAGCUGUGUCGGGGUCGGGCAGCACCUGCUCCCGGAGCGGACUAGGCAGCACCUGGCAUCUAGGCAGCACCUGGCAUUCUGGGGGCGAGGGGAGGGGAGGCUGGCGUUGGGGAGAGUGUUUCUCAGGACCCGCCCGCGAGCCUACACCGGGGUACGGGGUGUAUGGAGAUAUCGAGUAUUGCAGCAUUAUUAAGAAUAAAGUCACUGGAGAAAGUAAAGGUUUGGGCUAUGUUCGAUACUUAAAACCAUCACAAGCUGCCCAAGCAAUAGAAAACUGUGAUCGAAGUUUUAGGGCAAUCUUGGCUGAGCCUAAAAAUAAAGCAUCUGAUUCUUCAGAACAGGAUUAUUAUAGUAACAUGAGGCAGGAGACUUUGGGACAUGAACCUAGAGUAAAUAUGUUUCCAUUUGAGCAACAACCUGAAUUUUCAAGUUUUGACAAGAAUGACAACAGAGGCCAGGAAGCUAUCUCCAAACGCCUGUCAGUUGUAUCAAGAGUUCCUUUCACUGAAGAGCAGCUUUUCAGCAUUUUUGAUAUAGUACCAGGAUUGGAAUAUUGUGAAGUUCAACGAGAUCCUUAUUCAAAUUAUGGUCAUGGAGUGGUUCAGUAUUUUAAUGUAGCAUCAGCUAUUUACGCAAAAUACAAGUUACAUGGAUUUCAGUACCCCCCUGGAAAUUGGAUAGGUGUUUCCUUCAUUGAUGAUGGGAGUAAUCCAACAGAUCUCCUUAGAAAAAUGGCAACACAGAUGGUAGCUGCACAGCUUGCCUCAAUGGUGUGGAAUAACCCAAAUCAGCAGCAAUUUCUGCAAUUUGGAGGAAGUUCUGGAUCACAGUUGCCUCAAAUCCAGACAGAUGUUGUACUUCCAUCAUGCAAAAAAAAAGCCCCUCCUGAAACUCCUGUGAAAGAAAGACUUUUUAUCGUGUUUAAUCCUCAUCCUUUACCUUUAGAUGUGUUAGAGGAUAUAUUCUGGUAAGAUCUCAAUUCCACAUAGUUACAUUUUAUAAUGUAAUUUAUUUAAACUGGUAAUUUAAGCACUCUGACAAUCUUGAAACUUAGAGAUGAUUUGUUCUGUGGUUUAAAAACUCCUUAUUGAUACCACCUUUAAAAAUAUGUGAUCAUUUCCUUCUCUUUUUUAUCAUUCACGUGUCCUAAGUCUCCAUACAGAAUUAAUUUCCUGUUACUUUGUUUUGAAAGCGUAAAAUACGUAGGAUUGUUUUGAAAAGUUGCGUGUGUAGAAUGGACAAAUCGUGGUUCAUGAUAGAUGUAUCUGCAUACACCUGUCCUCAGAAUUCUUGUCACAUAUCUUUUCCUUUGUAUUUGUCAUUCAGCUGAAAAGUCUUUAGUAAGCAUCUUCUAUUUUGUCAGCACUCUGUUGGAUCCUUAAGGAUUUUAUAAUUACUAUAUUGAGUAAACAAUUACUUGCUUGUAGUAUAUAAUAACUACACAAUAGGGGAAGGCUCUUGUUUACUUCUGUGUUUUUAAUAUAAUUCCUUCCUUAACUUUUCCUUUUCUGGUCUUUUUUCCAUUUGCCUUACAACAAUGUUAGCG